GUUAGAAACGCGUCGUAACGGCAAGCAACAUGACCGGACUAUAACUGUCGAAAGUGUGAGCUCCGCCAUCUUCGUUUUAUGCGACUCAUGCGCAAAACAUUAACGCAACGUCUUUCUUUCAGCGUGUAUCGUCACUUUGCGAAGAAUGGCACCGAGAUACGAGCUGGCCGUGGGCCUGAAUAAAGGUCACAAAACCACGAAAAUUCGUGUAGCCAAGAAUGCAUCUGAAAAGGAAAAGACUGUCACCAUUCGCCCUGCUCGACUAAAAGGAAGAUUAACGAAGCACAGUAAAUUCAUUAGAGACUUGAUCAGGGAAGUUACCGGGCAUGCUCCUUAUGAAAAGAGGGCAAUGGAAUUGCUCAAGGUAUCCAAGGACAAAAGAGCACUGAAGUUUUUAAAGCGGAGGCUGGGAACCCACAUCAGAGCAAAAAGGAAGCGUGAAGAAUUGGGUAAUAUCUUGGUCCAAAUGCGAAAAGCGGCUGCCCACCACUGAUAAACUUCUAAAAAAAAGGUGUUAAAUCAAUAAAACGAUUCAAAACUAUAA